UUUAGACAACAACAAUGAUGACGAUAAGAAAACAGCAUUAGCAAAAGGAAGAGGAAUACAAAAACAACUCAGAAAACAAAAAUCUUAUUAGAUUCCUAAAUAAUGGACAAAGAUUCCGAUAGCACCGUCACUUCGCUGGAUGAAAAUACUGAAAAUUUUUGUAACAAUCAAACCAGAGAUAUAUUGGCCGAAGGUAUUUUAAAUAUUUUUAAACCAGUGGUAGAGAAAUUAGACGAACGUAUACAAGCCACACGUCAGUCUCAAAUAGAACUAAAAGCCCAACUGGAUGUGCUGUCUAUGCAGUUAAGAGAUAUUGAAAGAGCUCAACAUAAUAUACCCGAGUUUUCCGACAAAGUAAAAGAACUAAUAAACGUCAAGCACAAAGUGACGGUCAUAGCAAAUAUAUUGACCACUAGCCAGGAACGUCUAAACGGUUUACAUCGUCUAAUAGAAAAGGAGCAAAGAAGAAGACAAGCUCUUUUAGACUCGGCUAUAAGUACAAAUAUAUCUUAAAGAAUAAAUAGUGUCUAAACGAAAGCAAUAAAAGCAAUUUAAUUUUUUUUUUAACAAUGGAGACACCACAU